AUGGCAGGACUGCGAGUGUUCACGGUCUGCAUUACUACUACGAUCUGCCCUCCCUCAGGUAAGACCGUCCCUCAAGUAACACCUCUCCAGCGUCCCCAACCCCCUCUCUACUCGUUUACCCCCUUGAAUGGGUUCCUGCAAGGCAUGAGGGAGUGGCGGCGCAAGCAGGGGCAGAGGGGAGAGGAGGCAACUGGAAGGCGGUUGAGGGGUGUAUCUGCAGGGGAGGGUGUAUCUCAAGGGGAUGGUGUAUCUGCGGGGGAGGGUGUAUCUGCGGGGGAGGAUGUAUCUGCGGGGGAGGGUGUAUCUGCGGGGGAGAGUGUAUCUGCGGGGGAGAGUGUGCCAGUUGCAGCUCUUUUUUCCCGUGUGGUUCAAGCAGACACAAGGACUAGGGAGCAGGCCAUAGCACAGGACAGCAGCACCCCGCUCAUCAUUCCAUGUAGCGCAAGCACCCUCAAUAGCCACCUCUCCCCAACUCUCCCCGCCCCCAAUCCCCUCCCUCCCUACAUCUGCAGGCCAUAG